AUCCGGGUCCGCAGCCGCGCGCGCGCUGCCGCAGUUGCUGCAGGAGGAGGCGGCGGCGCGAGCGCGGGCUGGAGAUGGCGUCCGCUACCGACUCCCGCUAUGGGCAGAAGGAAUCCUCGGAUCAGAACUUCGACUACAUGUUCAAGAUCCUGAUCAUUGGCAACAGCAGCGUGGGGAAAACCUCCUUCCUGUUCCGGUACGCCGACGACUCCUUCACACCCGCCUUCGUCAGCACCGUCGGCAUCGACUUCAAGGUCAAGACCAUCUACCGGAACGACAAGCGCAUCAAGCUGCAGAUCUGGGACACGGCCGGCCAGGAGCGGUACCGCACCAUCACCACGGCCUACUACCGCGGGGCCAUGGGCUUCAUCCUGAUGUACGACAUCACCAACGAGGAGUCCUUCAAUGCCGUGCAGGACUGGUCCACCCAGAUCAAGACCUACUCCUGGGACAAUGCCCAGGUGCUGCUGGUGGGGAACAAGUGUGACAUGGAGGACGAGCGCGUCGUCUCCUCGGAGAAGGGCCGUCAGCUCGCCGAGCACCUGGGGUUCGAGUUCUUCGAGGCCAGCGCCAAGGACAACAUCAACGUGAAGCAGACGUUCGAGCGGCUGGUGGACAUCAUCUGCGAGAAGAUGUCGGAGUCGCUGGACACGGCCGACCCCGCGCUCACCGGCGCCAAGCAGGGCCCGCAGCUGACGGACCAGCAGGCGCCCCCGCACCAGGACUGUGCCUGCUAGGGCCAGCCCCCCCUCACACCUCCCCCAAACCGGUCAGUGCGUCCCCCCCCAUCCCCAACACCCCCCUGCCUGAGCCCUCUCCUCCUCUCGGGUUGGGGGGGGGGUCUCACUGGGGGGGGGCUUUUGCUGCUGAUACCUCCGAAAGGGCUGCAGCCCCUCUAGGAGCCCCCCCAGGUCAGUCAGUCUGUGCCCCUUUCCCCUUAAUUUAUUUUUAAGCCUGGGCUGGUAGAAAACUCCCCCCAUUCUGCUUUUAGUCAUCCACACAACCAGAAAUCCUAUUUUCUCCCAUCAGCAUCCCCCCCAGCCCCCUCCCUGCCUCCCAGGGAAGCCAGGACCAGCCCCCUACCCCUUCCCAGGGAUGGGGUGAGCUGUGAUGAGACCACCCCCUCCCCACCACUCCCCUCCCCAAACCCUCACCUCCCAACUGACCCUCCUCAUAUCCCCCCUCCCCAGCCCAGCUGAGGGUGUGCUGUGAUGAGACCCCCUCCCCAUACCUCACCUCCCAGCUGGGCCUCCCCACAUCGCCCCUCCCCAGCUCAAUCAAGGGUGGGCUCAGACCUCCCCUCAACCCUCAUGUCCCAGCUGACCCUCCCCACAUCUCCCCCAGCUCAGCUGAGGGUGGGCUGUGAUGAGAUCCCCCCCCAACCCUCAUCUCCCAGCUGACCCUCCCCACAUCUCCCCCAGCUCAACUGAGGGUGGGCUGUGAUGAGAUCCCCCCCCAAACCUCACCUCCCAGCUGACCCUCCCCACAUCCCCCACCCCAGCCCAGCUGAGGGUGUGCUGAGACCCCCCCUCCCCAAACCUCACCUCCCAGCUGACCCUGCCCACGUCCCCCCUUCCCCAGCUCAGCCAAGGUCCUGCCUGCCCAAGGAGCUCCUGGAGGAGGGGUGGUGGAGGGGGUGGGUCUUUGCUCCCAGCUCCUCCCCCCCCAAACCCUGAUGGAUGGAUCUCUCCUAACUCUUGUUUAUUUGUAUAAAUAGAUGCUAAUUUAUGCUCCCUC